CUUACUCUGUAGGGUUUUUCUUUCUAGGCUCCAUCUUUCUACCAAUUUCAUGAAAAAUAUCAUUUUCUGAUGUUGGGUCCAAACACAUUGAAUCAAUUUCGAUAUUUUUUUCUGACCAAAUUUCUUCAUCAUGUUGCUCCGCCAUGUUUGUACUAUUUUUUUCUUCUUGAAGCAGCUCAGCGUGUUCCCCUGUUGAGACUUUGUAGUGAGCUGGGGCUGCUGUAAGUUAGUCACAGCAGCCCCCUAACCCGUUGUUGGCCACCUCUAGGCGUGAUGGAUCAUCGUGUGAAGGGCAUUGGAAUUUGGAAAACAGAUCUCUCUCUCUCUUUUCCAUUACUCCAUCGUUCAUUUGGCCGUCUGGUUGUUGGCCACCUCUAAGCUGGUCUUUUAAUUCGGUCGGCAUUCAAAAAGUAAAAUAUGUUAUCUUUAUUAUUAAUAUAGAGUGUGAUUUUUAUCAUUUCCGGAAUAAAGCUGCAUUCUUUAUUGGAAAUGGGGACGUCUAGAUUUUGCUACACGCAUUCAUACAUCUUUAUAAGAAAGGGGCGCCAUUUUUGGAUUUGAUGCUCACCGUUGACCGCAUUUCUGAUAAAUUCAGGUUAAUCCUCUCCUAAUCACUGGUUUGUUCAUACUUCCUUUCCAACAGUCUUAUUGUGUGAUAGAUUUUACUUUCUCGCAACUGUGGGGUAAUGAUGGUGUUGGAAAUACGGUAAUUGACAUUAAUACUCGAUGGCUGCACUUUACAAAUUAUAACGGUUCAUAUAUCUGGUGAACAUGGAGAGCUUUCAGCACCUCAACUUAUAGAUUCAGGCUGCUUACCUUUUGGUGGAUCUAUUCAGCUAUGUUAUGUAUGAGCAAGUCAAGUCAACUAUAAAAACUACCCGUCGAAUUUUUCGUACAAACUUUGAAUGAUUUGUCUGCUUUUCCUCCAUUGACGCUGCUGGUUGUAAGAUAGCUUUCUGUUCUCUGUAGGAUUAACUGUUAAAUCGUUAAUUAUUCAUCUCUCUCUCUCGAGGUCAAAAUUGAAGAUCUGUAAGCAGGAUAUUGCUACCAUGGCAAGUAAUAAUAUCUCUUCAAUCUGCUACUCAUGCUGUUUGGAAAUGGAUGACAUCUUUUCUCGUCUCUUGAGCCUAACUUCCUAUAUAACACAUAGAGUAUUUGAAUUUUUUGAAGAUCUUGUAUUAAGAGAUGUGAGUAGGUUUUUCAGAGAUUCAGAGAUCAAUUCUUGUGGACGACUUUUAACAUCUGCAAACUUCAGCACUCACAAGCUCUCUUCUCUAGAUUUUGCAUCUUCUUCAACAGAUUGUAACUCCAGUUCAAGCUCUGGCUUUAUUGAAAGGCAUGCCUUGGACUCGGAGGAGCAAUCAUUUCUUAGUUCAGGAUUACAAAUUGUAAAGAGAAGUUACUGUAGGGGUGUCGUCUUCAUUUUUAAAGGAUUGAUGCUCCCAAUACUUUGUUUUGAAUUCGCUUGGAGAUCAGCGAUAGGAACUUGGAGUUAUUUUUGUUGUCAAUUGAGAUGCAUACAAGAUCGCAUACAGAGGUGAAAGGACUGUCCGUUUAUUCUAAAACUCGAGUUCUGAAAACUUUGCAUGGAUCUUCUGACGACAUUGGGUGGUUGCAAUGCACUCCUGGAAUGGCCCCAGUGGUGGAUGGUUCAGCUAGAUUCCUGGAUCUGCUGCAAAGCGUUAGGAACGGGGUGCACGUGCUACCUGAUUCAUUUGUUUACUUGCUGAUUCCAGGACUCUUCAGCAAUCAUGGUCCCCUGUAUUUUGUCAGCACGAAGAGAUUUUUCUCAAAGAUGGGUCUAGCCUGCCAUAUUGCUAAAAUUCAUAGUGAGGCAUCGGUGGAACACAAUGCUUGGGAACUAAAGCAAUAUAUAGAGGAAUUAUAUUGGGGGUCUGGAAAGCGUGUGAUGUUGCUGGGUCACAGCAAAGGUGGAGUUGAUGCUGCAGCUGCUUUGUCAAUAUAUUCACUUGAACUGAAAGAUAAAGUUGCAGGAUUGGCACUAGUGCAGAGUCCUUAUGGUGGAACACCCAUUGCAUCUGACAUUCUUCGUGAAGGCCAGGUUGCUGAUAAGGAAACCCGGAGGAUCAUGGAGUUUUUGAUAUGCAAACUUAUUAAGGGUGAUAUACGAGCGCUGGAGGACCUGACCUAUGAGAAGCGCAAGGAAUUCAUUCGCAACCACAAACUUCCCAACAACAUCCCUCUCAUCUCAUUCCACUCGGAAGCUCGGGUGGCGCCAGGUGUCAUCUCAACAAUGUCCCACAUUGCGCAUGCCGAGGUUCCGUGGGUUACAAGGGACGGUGGCGCGGAGGUGCCUGUGAUAGUGCCCGUCUCGGCUGCCAUGGCCCUGUCUGCACUCCACCUGCAACUCCGUUAUGGGGAGAAGAGUGACGGGCUUGUGACGUGUCGAGAUGCAGAGGUUCCGGGCUCGGUAGUCGUAAGGCCCGACAUGAAACUCGAUCAUUCGUGGAUGGUGUACGCGUCCUGGAAGAAGGAUCCAACCGAGCCAAAUGCCUGCGAAAUGUGCGAGGCUUUAUUGACGAUGCUCGUUGAGCUUGGAGAGAAAGCUCAAAGUGGUGUGCCAAACUAGCUGACUACUU